GUGCCAGGCGUGAAAGUUAACCCUAAUUUUCUUUUUGAAAACAAUGACGAAGAUGUCCGAUCUUUCACAUGAUUUGGUCGAAGAGAUAUUGUGUAUGGUUCCGAUAACUUCUCUAAGAGCAGUGAGAUCCACGUGCAAACUAUGGAACGUUUUAUCCAAAAACCGGAUUUUAUGUAAAGCAGAAGCUAGAAAUCAGUUUUUAGGGUUCACGAUGAUGAAUCAUAGGCUUUAUUCGAUGAGAUUCAAUCUCCAUGGAAUCGGCCUCAACGAAGACGGUGAAGAGUUCACUGAUCCAUCAAUAAAGCCAAUAGGUGAUAUACUUAAUCAGGUCGAGAUAUCUAAAGUCUUUUAUUGCGAAGGUUUAUUGUUAUGCGUCACAAGGAACCACUCAAGCAAGCUCGUAGUUUGGAACCCCUAUUUGGGACAAACUAGGUGGAUCCAACCUAGCAAUGAUUACCACAUAGGCGUUACAUACGCUCUAGGGUACGACAACAACAAGAACCACAAGAUCUUGAGGUUUUUUGCUGGACAAGGCUCCUACGAAAUUUACGAUUUGAAGUCUAAUUCGUGGAGUUUGUCUUAUGUCAUUCCCAUCAGGGGGUUAAAAAUUUAUCAGCCCGGCACGUCGUUAAAUGGAAAUGCUUAUUUUUUGACUGAUGCAAGAAAAGUUAUGGAAGGGUGUGAUUGCUUACUCGGUUUUGAUUUUACAACAGAGAAAUUUGGGCAGCUUCUUUCUUUGUCGUUUUCGCAUGAUUUUACGGAGACUGGGAGACUAUCUUGUGUUAAUGGAGAGAAACUCGCGGCAUUAUAUCACCGCUACGAGACAUUUGAGACGGAGAUAUGGGUGACAACUAAGAUUGAGCCGAAUGAGGUGUCGUGGAGCAAAUUCUUAGCAGUUGAUAUGGAACCAUUCACUAGUCUUAAGUUUCACGAUGAUGUUGGCAGUUUCUUCAUUGAAGAAGAGAAGAAAAUCGCAGUGCUUUUCGAUUUAGAUGAAUCUGAACGCUACAAUAUAGUUUACAUCAUUGGUGAUAAUGGAUGCUUGAAAGAAGUGGAUCUUGAUGAAGUUGUGAACCCCCAAGAAUCUGUCGAGGUCGACCGCAUGUUUUAUUUUUCGCCAUUUGUGUGCUCUUGCUCUUAUGUUCCAAGUGUAGUGAAAAUCAACCAAAUUGCAGAACAUGAAAGGAAAUAUAAGAAGAGGAAGAGGAAGCGAACCAAUAAGGUGUAACAC